CCCGACGCCCCGCCGGAAAUGCUCUCUCGCCCCGCCGGAAGUGCUCUCGUGACCUGCGCGCCGCGCAGCGGGAAGAUGGCGUUGGAAGCCGGUGAUAUGGAAGAUGGGCAGCUUUCUGACUCAGAUUCCGACAUGACGGUCGCACCCAGCGAUAGGCCGCCGCAAGUGCAGAAAGUACUAGAUGAAGACAGUGCUGUGAGGGCCUUCCAAAACACCGCAGCAACCACACAUGUACCGGUGUCACAUUAUCGGAUUGUUAAGAGUGUGGAUUCCAGUGAAGAAAGUUUUUCUGAUUCAGAUGAUGAUAGCUCUCUUUGGAAACCCAAGCGACAGAAAUGUCUUAACCCCCCUCCCAAACCUGAGCCUUUUCAAUUUGGCCAGAGCAGUCAGAAACCACCUGUUGUUGGAGGAAAGAAGGUUAACAACAUUUGGGGUGCUGUGUUGCAAGAACAGAACCAAGAUGCAGUGGCCACUGAACUGGGUAUUUUGGGAAUGGAGGGCAAUAUUGACAAAAGUAGACAAUCGGAGACCUAUAAUUAUUUGCUUGCUAAGAAACUCAAGAGGGAAUCUGAAGAAUUUACAAAAGAAUUAGACAAAGAGUUAGAUGACUAUAUGCAUAGUGACAAAAAACCAGGGUCAAAGGAAGAAGAAAAUGGUCAAGGUCAUCUCAAACGGAAGCGACCUGUCAGAGACAGGCUUGGGGACAGACUGGAAAUGAACUAUAAAGGCAGGUAUGAGAUUACGGAAGAAGAUUCUCAAGAAAAAGUGGCCGAUGAAAUUUCUUUUAGGUUACAGGAACCAAAGAAAGAUCUGAUAGCCCGAGUAGUGAGGAUAAUUGGGAACAAAAAGGCCAUUGAACUUCUGAUGGAAACUGCUGAAGUUGAGCAAAAUGGCGGUCUUUUUAUAAUGAAUGGUAGUCGAAGAAGAACACCAGGUGGAGUUUUUCUGAAUCUCUUGAAAAACACUCCUAGUAUCAGUGAAGAACAAAUUAAGGCAUGGUGGCACACACCUGUAAUCCCAGCACUUGGGAGGCUGAGACACGAGGAUUGCCAUGAGUUGGAGGCCAGCCUGGGCUACACAGACAUUUUCUACAUUGAAAAUCAAAAGGAAUAUGAAAAUAAAAAAGCUGCUAGGAAGAGGAGAACACAGAUACUGGGAAAAAAGAUGAAACAAGCCAUUAAAAGUCUGAAUUUUCAAGAAGACGAUGAUACAUCACGGGAAACUUUUGCAAGUGAUACAAAUGAGGCCCUGGCCUCUCUUGAUGAACCACAAGAAGGACAUGGAGAAACCAAGUUGGAUGUGGAGGAAGCUAUUGAGGUGGAUCAUUCUCAUGAUUUGGACAUCUUUUAAGUACAUUUUGGACAUUUUGAGGAAUAAGCCUUUCUAAAGUAGCAUUGUAAUAAAUAGUUUCUACUGACAUAGCUUUGUUUUACUUUUACUUUACACUGAUAAACAUGAGAAUCUGGAGAAGAGAAAAUUGUUUCUUUUAAAUAAUACAUAUGGGGAAAUGAAUAUGAUUAAAGAUGGCUCAUGUCUGACACAGUACUUAAAAGUGUAUGGGACAAUGUUUAAUUUCUCAGUCUGUUGCUAAUAUUACUUACUAGUUGUUAAUCAUUUUUUUCCAGGUCGUUAUCAUAUGCCAUUCAAAAGUUUGUUUUCUUUUUCUGAUAUAUUUUUGAGGUGAAUUUUGCUUUGGUUUCAAAACAUUCCAGUGAAAGAUACUAAUGGAACACACAAAUUGUUAUGCCGUUACAAAUGCAUUUAGAUUUUUUUCUGUGUUAUAAGAACUCUUAGGCAGUUUUAAGGAUAGAGUAAACAUAGGCAUAUACUUAUUGAUUCUUCCCAGUUACUUAUUUGUCCAGAAAUAAAUGUCAGAAGCUUUCAAAGACGUGUUGGUUCAUAACUUUUUGACUUUUAAUAAUUAACUGGAUAAUAAACAACUCAGCAAUUAUAAACUGUACAUUUAUUUUAAACUAAACUUGACAUCUUUUAAAGUGUCAUUGAAGUUAGAUCGUGAAGAGGGAAAUGGUUAUUGAUUGCUUCUUAUUUAUAAAGAAUGCAAAAAUAAAAUCUUCGGUAGUCCUUAA